AUGGCUUUCAGUCUUUCCUGGGCCUGUGUAAUAUUUGGUUGUAUUUUUGCUUCUUUGGCAGGAACAUCCAGCAUCUCAGAGGCAUAUCCCCCUCUGUGGAAAGAGAGUCCUGGUCAGUUCAGUGACUACAAUGUAGAAAAUGGAAAGUACAUCAUUAAUGUCUGGCAUUACCCUGAGAGACUGGGGACGUAUAAAAUCCUAUUGAACAAGACAGCCAAGUAUUUUGAAAAAUAUGCACCAGAAAAUGAACAAAAUAUUUUAUGGGGAUUGGCUGUACAGCAUGGAUGGCAAUAUCAUACAGGCAGAUUAGCUGAUCCCACCCAAAUGACAGACUGCGGCCAUGAAUCUGGGGAUCAUCUGUGCAUCUCUGUGGACAGUUGGUCAGCCGACAUUAAUUAUUAUCUCUCUGCAAUGCCCUUCUUUGCCGCGGUUGAUUCUGGCAUAAUGGGGAUAUCAUCAGACAAUGUCACUGUUCUGCCACCAUCCAAGGAUCAGAUGAGUUUUUGUUAUAAUGUUUCUAGCUGUCAUUCAUCCUUUCCAGAAGUGAUGAAAAAGUGGAAUGAAUUUUAUCAGCAUGUAAAGUCAAAUUCUAGUAACUGUGAUGACUUGUUGAAGUACUUAUGGGCUGCGCAUGUCUCAUCCUUGGAGGUUGCUCGUAAAAAUUUUCACAAUAGGUUAAAAUAUUACUCCAAACAAGAAGCAGAUUUUGAAAGAAACUGGGCUUUGUUCGUGGAUUAUUUGGCCCCAUCCCUCUUUCCUACAACUUUGAUUAGAACACAUGAAUUCCAGAAGGGCCUGCCAACACGGGUGCUUGUUAGUGGGGAUAGGGCCCCCUUCAUCAAGGACUUUACUGGCUUUCAGAACACAAUCUUGCUUGCUCUAAAUUUUAUCCAAAAAAUGCAUGAGUAUACAGGAACAUUGUCUUUUGCUGUAUGGAAAACUUUAAUGAAGUUAAAAAUUGCAAGGAAACUCUUCGUAGAGAUUUUGGAAUUCAUCCUUCACUUUUUUAAUUAAAUGCUUCUGGAAAAUUUUAAUAAAAUAAAAAUCCACAAUGAUAAUUUCUCAAGGAGCAGUAUUCUCAAAGAUUAGUCCUUACACGUUUGCUUAAUUUUAUCAUUGUCUGUGCUCAUAUUUUAAAAUUUGAUUUAAUGUUGCU